CUUUUUUUUUUCCUUCUUUUCUACUUCAUUCCUCAUUCAUCUCCAUCAUGUUCGGGACAGGACUCUCAUCUGUGGCGAAGCGCAGCUUUACGACUUUUAAACCUGUUAUCUCAGCAGCCAAGCCUGUUGAUGGGUUUGUCGGUGCUUUGGGAAACACUCCUCUAAUCCGUCUCAGUAAAUUAAGCGAGGAGACCGGAAGCAACAUCUAUGCUAAAGCUGAGUUCAUGAACCCUGGUGGAUCUGUCAAGGAUCGUGCUGCUCUUUAUGUCGUCAAGGAUGCUGAGGAGAAAGGCCUUAUCAAACCCGGCGGUACCGUUGUUGAGGGAACUGCUGGUAACACUGGAAUUGGUCUUGCGCAUGUCUGUAGAGCUAAGGGCUACAAGUGUGUGAUCUACAUGCCCAACACCCAGAGUCAGGAGAAGAUCGAUCUUUUGCGUAUGCUCGGUGCUGAGGUCUAUCCUGUUCCAGCUGUGGCCUUCGAUAAUCCUCAGAAUUAUAACCAUCAGGCUGCUCGACAUGCUCAAUCAAUCGAGAACGCUGUCUGGACCAAUCAAUUCGACAACACAGCUAACCGUCAAGCUCAUAUCGAGACCACAGGCCCUGAAAUCUGGAAGCAAUUGGAUGGUCAGGUUGAUGGUUUUACCUGCUCUACUGGUACUGGUGGCACUUUGGCUGGUAUCGCUCGUUUCUUGAAGGAGAGGAGCAACGGAAAGGCCAAGAUCUUCUUGGCAGAUCCUCCAGGUUCUGUCCUUUACAGUUAUUUCAAGAGUGGUGGACAGUUAGUAGAGCGUAGCGGAAGCUCUAUCACUGAAGGUAUUGGUCAGGGACGUGUCACUGACAACUUGAAGCCCGAUAUUGAGUUGAUCGAUGAUGCACUUCAGAUUCCAGAUGAAAAGUCAAUUGAGAUGGUUUAUCGCCUGUUGGAUGAGGAAGGUAUUUAUGUGGGAGCAUCAUCUGCAUUGAAUGUAGUUGCAGCAGUAGAGAUGGCCAAGAAGUUGGGACCUGGCAAGAACAUUGUUACGAUCUUGUGUGAUGGUGCUUAUCGUUACCAAUCCCGCCUCUUCUCCAAGAAGUGGCUCGAAUCCAAAGGCCUCACAAACGCUAUCCCUGAGCACUUGAAGAAGUAUGCUACCUUAGAGUAACCGAAGAAAAAAGAGG